AUGGGUGGUAGUUCUGGAUGGACCUCUUUACUUGCCACGAAUGCUCUUUCUGUUUGGAAUUAUGCUAAGCUGCCGGCUGUGAAGGAUGCACAUCUAGCGCCACUCUCCACACAACAAAGAUAUCCUGUCUGCAUUUUUAGUCAUGGUCUCGGAGGUAAUUUCAAUACUUAUAGCUCGAUAGUGGGAGCCCUUGCCAGCUGUGGUGUUAUAUGCGUUGCGCCGGAGCACCGAGAUGGUAGUGCGCCGAUCUCGUUCAUCCGGGACGACAAAGGCCAGAAUGCCUCUUCUAUACCCUACCAGAAGCACUCACACGCUCCAAGCACCGAAGUUUUGAAUGCGCGUAAUGCACAACUACGUACUAGGCUCUGGGAGCUAGACUUGACGUAUGCAGCUGUGACGGCCCUCAAUAAUGGGAAGUCGUUCACAAACUAUGCAACGCAUACAGACAAAAAAGCCGAACAGAAAUGGCAUGAUGUGCGAGCCACGUUUAAAGACAAGCUGAAUCUAUCACCUGGACAGGUAACAUGGGCAGGACAUUCCUUCGGCGCUGCGACGAUAACUCAGUUUGUGAAAUCUGUAUUCUACCAUCAAUAUCUUCCUGAAGACAAGUCCGACCGUACUUCGCGCGAGCCAUGGGAUUGGACACCUUUAUACAAAUGCACCUCAGGCAGUGAUUUGGUACGCCAGAUUCGAGCUGAAAGUCCUGUUGCUCUACUCGAUCUGUGGACCAUGCCACUACGCAGCGAAACGACCAAAUGGCUUUGGGAACUUCCAAUGCCAUGUUAUCAUCGGAAGCAACAGUCGAACUCUAAAGAAAUACCCAACACAGUAGCAGUCAUGUCUGCAGAGUUCUACAAGUGGACAGAACUGCUACAAAGAACCCGCGCCCUACUCUCUAGGACUCCAGUAGCCGCACUCGCAGAACUCAACAAGCAGAAACAGAAACAGGAGCAGGAUCGAGACAAACAGGCACCGGUCAUCAAAGACAAUACCAGACCCAGCAAUCCAAUACCUGAACUCUCCAAAGAAACAAAAGAAAGCGUAGCAGACCACCACCACAACACAUCCCAAACAACGUCCACACAAUCCUCAAGGACACCAUCCCCAACACCUUCCCACCCCGAUCCUCCCUCCGAAACACCAUCGCCAGCAUCCUCAUCAUCCACAUCCCUCAUACCAAACACACAAGACGAAGAAUCAAUCCCAUCCUCAGCCUACACAAACGCAACCCAACCACAUCUCUACCACGUCCCUCACUCAGCUCACCUAUCCCAAUCAGAUUUCGGCGUCUUGUUCCCGAAUCUCACGAAAUACGUCAUGAAAGCCGUUGAGCCUGAAAAGACUUUGCAAUUGAAUUUGCGGGCGAUUUUGGCUGUCAUGAAAGGUCAGGGACUGCCUGUGAAGAGCUUGAUGAGGAACGGGGAAGAGGAUGAGAUUUUGACGGAGAAGAUUAAGGAGAUGAGGUGGGGCGACCUAGCCCAUUCAGAAGAGGCGCAGAUUCUUAACGGACAAUUUUAUUACCACAUUGCUGAUAGUAGCCGCGCUUACUCGAAGACUGGGAUCACGAUGCGGCAAAAUGCCCGAGCUGCUCACGACAUUUCCAAUCCAUUCCGGUCUUUGAAAGCGUGCCAGCAUCACCACACCUACCUGGCGCACGCUGUUGAUGCCCUGCAAGAACCUCAAGCAUUUCAUUCAAUGUAA